UCUCGGAACCUGGCGCCAAUGUCCGUCAAAAUACUGACUGUGGGCUCGGCCGUUGGCUCUAUGCGCGACCUGUUUGCCAAAGUCAAGUCUAUCGACGCAAAACACGGCAAAUUCGAUCUUGUGCUAUGUAUCGGCGACUUUUUCGGUGCUUUGGACAAUGCCAGCGCGGUGGAGGAGACUCGGCAACUUCUGGAUGGCGAAUUGGAGGCGCCAAUUGAAUGUUACAUCAUGCAAGGAGACAAUCCUCUUUCGGACGCUGUGAUUCAAAAGUUCAGCAAGAACGGAGGUGAACUUUGCAAGAAUGUCUUUUUGUUGAGCAAGUCGGGCACGAUCACAACUGCCAAUGGACUGCGAAUAGCGUGCCUGGGUGGCCGCUAUGACGCCGAAAUGUAUUCAUCUGCUGAAGCUGCACCAGGUUUCUCCUCGCCGUUCUUCUCAUCGCACACAGUAGAACGCCUCCUCUCCAACACACUGACGAACUCUACCUCCAAGCAGAACUAUGGCUCACUUGCAGGUAUUCAAUCAACCGCGUCGGCCUCGCAACUGGUCGAUAUUCUCAUCAGUAAUGCUUGGCCCGCCGCCGUCACACAUCUUUCCUCGGCACCUCUCCCAAACCCCGAGCUUGCGCAAAUCGGAGCACCGCCCCUUGACGAUCUUGUUCGCAAGACCAAGCCCCGGUACCAUUUUGCGGCGAGUGGCGGCAAGCCCCCUCUGUUCUGGGAGCGUGAGCCCUAUCUUUGGGAUGAUGAGCAAGGAAGGGUAUCGCGCUUUGUCAGCCUCGGUGCAUUCGGUGGCGAGCAGCCUCCUGGAAAGAAGCAAAGGUGGUUCUAUGCCUUUUCCAUCACCCCCGACGGACCCGCUGCCGUCUCUGCACAGCGUCCAGCCAAUGCGACCAAAAAUCCAUUCUUGGAGAUGAACUCCCGGCCGAUGAAACGUACCUUUGAUCAAGCGAGCGAAGCGGAGAACUUCAUAUUUGGGAAUGUCCGCCAACCUCAGAAGCGGACCCGAGUCGGAGAGCCAGGCAAGCCGCCGCCUGGAUACAAAUGCCAUCGGUGCGAGUCGAGUGAGCAUUUGAUCGACGACUGCCCUGAACGCGUCAAGCCUCCAGAAGGCUAUGUUUGCCGUAUCUGCAAUGUUUCCGGGCAUCUCGUUCGGGAUUGCCCCACCCGAUUUGCCCUUGGAGACACCGGUGGCAGGAAGCCGAGAGAAGGAUACAUCUGUCGAGCUUGCGGUAGUGACGGGCAUUAUCUGGACGAUUGCCCGUCUUCGAGUGGAAGACCGUCUGAGCGAAGAAGCAACAAAAGGGGUCCACCCAAAGAGAUCACGGCGGAUGAAUGCUGGUUCUGUUUGUCUAAUCCCAAUCUGGCAAAACACCUGAUUGUGGCCAUUGGAAGCGAAUGCUACGUGACAUUGGCCAAAGGUCAGAUCGUGCCCACCCAUCCACCAACCGACGGACCAUCGGUUCCUGGGGGCGGACACGUGCUCAUCAUCCCUAUCGCGCAUUUCCCUACCUAUUCGACCAUCCCUGGUGACCUUGCUGGGCCGAUCAUCGAGGAAACAGAGAGACAUAAAACGGCGUUGCGGGAGAUGUUCGCCAAGCACAAAGCCGCCAUGGUUACAUUUGAAGUAGGCAAGCUGAGCGCCAAAGGCGGGCACGCGCACGUGCAAGCGGUCCCGGUACCGCUUGCGCUGCAGGACAAAGUGGAGCAGGUGUUCCGGUCCGAGGGCCAGAUGCUCGGCAUUGAUUUCGAAGCCGAUCCGGACGAGGCCUUGCAAGCAUGUGCUGGCGGUAGAGGAAGCUAUUUCCGCGUUGAUCUGCCCAACGGCCAGAAGCUCGUUCAUCUCAUCAAAGAUCAUGUGCCUUUCGGGAUUCAAUUUGGGAGACAAACAUUAGCUUCCCUCCUCAAUAUGCCAGAACGGAUGGAUUGGAAGGCCUGCUCUCUUUCCGACGACGAGGACAAAGCCGACGCCCAAGCCUUUAAGGCUGCCUAUGCUGCAUUCAGCCCUGCGCUCUGACUGU